UAAAUUGUUGUAUUGUCGGUUCGGAGCUGUGUGGGCGAGAUGUCGCGCUUACUAAUUGUUUUGUUGAAUAUAUUUAUUUACAAACAUGUCAGUGGAUAUUUGGAUACGUACGUACCGAACCAUCGGCACGCAUUAGACAUGCAACUGUAUGAAGACGUGUUAGAUCCAGAGCUGUGUGAAAAACAGCUUCAAUAUAUGCGAGAGAACAAUACGUUGCUACUCUUAGAGUUUUUGGAUGCUGGAAUACGUAUACCUCGCGGUAUAUUCAAGGGUGGUUUUGUCGAUAUGGGAAACUAUUUUCAAUGUUUGGAAAUUAGCAAUGAAACACCUGAUUUCGUUGUUGAAGGCAAAUACUGCACUAUCAAUAUGCCUUUGGAGCAAGACUUGGAAUUGCCUGAUAUUCCUGGCUUGCCUUUGCGAACUGAACUCGGGAUUCGACUUAAGGAUUUGGCAAAAGAGAGAGAAGUCCUCUAUAAACGUGAAAGAAAGGAAGGAAAACAAAGGGAUCUUCUAAGCUCAAGCCCUGUCUUCAGUUUGGCCUUGUGCCUACCUACACCGUGCACGACACGUGAGUUCCUAGACGGUUUCGUUAUCAAUACUACAGAAUUAGGACUUACAUACGAGGAUAAUUACUGCCGGAUGACGAAUGAUAAACCCUAUGUAGCAGCGGAUUACGUCGCAUUAGGCGUUUUCGGUACGAUAAUAUUACUAACAAUACUCAGCACUUCCUAUGACGUCAGACACACAGUUAUCCAGAAAAGAGACCCUGAAAAAUCAAACAAACUGCUCAAAUCGUUUUCGAUAUACACGAAUACGAAACGUCUGGUCGUCUACAAGCCGGUUAAUGGAGCUAUCGAAUGUCUCGACGGCGUUCGUGCCUUAGCCAUGGCCUGGGUCAUUGUUGGACACACGUUCGUGACGCAAAUGAACGAACUGAAUGCCAAUCCCAGUGAUUUGCUUGAUUAUAUACUGUCGCUCCCGUCAGUGUGGAUCACGGCCGGACCCAUAACCGUGGACACAUUCUUCAUGCUCAGCGGCUUCUUAAUCGUGUAUACGUGCGCGGGGAAGUUUACCGGCAUGAAACUACUGAGGAAUCUCCAUUUUUUUUACCUGAACCGUCUCCUGCGGAUGUUCCCCACGCUAGCCGCCUUCAUUUUGAUACAAGCUUCGCUACUGAACCGGGUCGCCGACGGCCCCAACUGGAGGAUGGUUCUUGAAAACACGAAUGCGUGUCGGAUGAAUUGGUGGACGACCCUAUUGCACGUGCAGAACCUAGUCAACCCUCUGCAAAUGUGUCUUCCUCACACUUGGUACCUGGCUAUUGAUGUUCAAUUACAUAUUCUGUCGCCUCUCGUCCUGUUCUGGGUCCUCGGCAGGAGGAAGAGAAUAGCUUGGUCAGCUCUUGUGAUGGCCUUGGCGACAGCAUUAAUCGCAUCCUCCAUUUAUAACACCAUAAACAAGUUCUCUUCGGGACCUGUGAUACCAUCUCGCCCCGACGACCAGGAAGAUUACAUGAUUUAUUUUUACCUGCACACGUUAACUCGAUGUUCGCCUUUCUUCGUUGGAAUGAUCUAUGGGUAUCUGAUGCAUUUGUAUCGCGAUAGAAAAUUUAUCAUGUCUAUGUUUCACGCUGUCUUAAUAUGGAUAUGCAUGGGAGUUUUGGCCGCUUCCGUUUUGUACGUCAGCAAUCCGAUAAUGCAACUGGACUGGGAUAAUCAGCCCGUUGACACUUUGAUCAACUGCUUAAAGAGACCUAUCUGGGCGAUGGCGGUUGGUUGGCUCGUUUUCGCCUGUGCUCAAGGAUACGGAGGUCCCAUAAAUUGGAUGCUGUCUCUCCGCAUGUGGAAGCUGCUGAGUCGUCUCUCGUACGCCAUGUACAUUGUCCACUACCCGCUGUUGUUCGUCGUGAAUUCGAUGACAUUAGUGCCGGUUUACUUCACAGUGCAGAAGUCGAUCUUUAAGUUCCUCGCUGACUUCACGCAAUCUUUCCUAGUGGCGUUUCUGCUGACGGUACUCGUGGAUUCUCCUUGCUCCGUUCUGAUCAAGCACGUCAUGGGCGGAGGUCCUAGAACAGCAAAGAAGCCGGCAGUAGAAGACUUGCCGUCGAAAUUUGGAGCUCAAGAAGUACCUGUCACCGUGUUUGUUGCUGAACAAGGAAAGAUCGGCAAAUCAUAAACGAAAUCAACGCAGUCGAUCUUACCAAAAAAAAAUGGGUCUGAUUACGCAAGAGUUUCUCGAUUUCAGGCAAAAUUAUCGUGUGCGAUUACAUACACAAGGCUGGCAACACACUCUGGUUCCUCAUUAUAGUCUUUCCAUUCUAAGGAAUGGCGUAUGACAGUUGACACUUGAUAACUUUUCUAGUUAUGAUACGUCUGUGCAGCGUCAGAUUUUUAGAUCCGUAUUGUAAUUAUGAAAUUUUAUAUUCCUUCAUAUUAGGUACUUUCAAGAUAUUUUUCGAUAAUUAUAAAUAAAAUUACAAAAGGUUAGUUAGCAAAUUAAUUAAACUUUUUUUUUGUUUGCCCACGAUUAUUUCGAUACGCAAAAAUAUGAUAUUAUAAUAAUAUCACGGCAAAAGUAACACUAACAUAAAUCAUUGUAACAACGAGAAUUUUCAAUAAUUAAAAAAAUGCGGGAAACUCAGCUUAUGUUGAUCAGGCCUUGAGAAAUAUGAGAAUACGCAGACUGAUUGAUAAAUAUAGAUAAUUUUAAUGGUUUAGGGUCGUUUUCAUUGUCCGAUGCAGCCUAAAUAAUUUUUUUGAAGUGAAACUUCUUUAGGCGCCUUGAGAGUAAAAUUUAACUCGCGACAAAUGCGUUACGGAUCGAGAGAAAAGAUACAAUUUAGGAAGAGCGAGAGUGAGAAAAUAGACAGAGCGUCUCGCGAACCAUUCGGUUCUGAAGAGAGGGAAAGGACAAAGCGAGUUAAGAUGUUUCUUUUAUACACAGUAUUCGCUAUUACAAGUUAAAUUUGAUAUAAGGAUGAAACAUGAACAAAACCACAAUACUACAUACCGCAAAAGAAGUUUCACUUCUUUCACCAAGUUGCUCGCGCACUAGUUUUUUUUUCUUCUUAUAAAUUUGUCACUAUUUCACCAAUCAAAGUUUCGAGCCAUUGGUUAUUCUAAAUUUAAACUAAAUUGACUGAAAACUGUUCAAUUAAAAUAAUUUUAACUUCAACGCUACUUACAAUCUUAAAUGGUUACCAUCGUGAAUAAUCAUAGACAUCCAUAGAAAAUAUUUUUAUUUUUAAAUUUGCCGCUUGAUGCGUGACGUUCCUUCGGCACUAAAAUAAGUGAGAAGUUAACACUAAAACACAAACAUUAGCCAUAUUUAUAAAGCAUUAUGGUGGUUUUAAAAAAUGUAAGAGAAAUAUUAGAUUCAGUAAAAAUUUAAACUCAAUUUAAUAUAUAUCAGAAAUAGUGAUUGCUUCUUUGUUUUAAUUUAAUUAAGAUCCUUCAAAAAUGUUUUUUGAAAUUAUUUCAUCUUUGUUAGCUGGUUCCGUAUACUAUUUAUUUACUACUACUGCAUACUACCUUAUGACGUGGAGUUAGUUGGCUAGGACAAUGAAAACGUUUAUUUACGGUGAUGGACUACGUAGCGAAGGACUCGUUUUUGUUACGUUUAUUAGUUGGAAAUAAUGCAGUGAAAUAAUAGCAGUUUAUAAUAUUAAAUUUAGCUUCUAUAUUAUGCUAAUUUUAUAGUAAAUAGCAUUACAUAUUUUCACCAAGUGUCCAUUUCAAAUUGGUUACAUUCUAAAAAGACGUAAGAACCGGUGACGUCAUAAAUACGGUCGACUAAGACGUAUAAUUUAAUAGUGCCGGUGCUUUAGUCUGACGUAAAAACGAAUUCUUCACUGUCAUUACAUUCCAUUCCCUAGUUAAUUCCUAAUUAGUAUGUAGGUACAACUUAAAAACCGAAGCAGACGACAUCUGUUAUUCGCACAAAUCGAUUUCUGGAUGUUGCCUGUUGCGAAAACAAUCGAUUAUUAUUUUGAAGAAAAAAAAAAGGUCAACCGCUAAACUGAUCAAUUGUCAAUUACGCGGUAUUUGUAAUCGAUACUCGUAUUGAUGAAAUUAUUUAUCAUCGAAAUUAAAAUAAAAUACUUUGACAGAAACAUAAGCAUUCGGCCGUAUUCGUGACGUCAUAAGAGAUACUACACAUUAAAAAAAAAUUAAAUGAAAUCACGGAAAAUUUAAAGCUAGAAAUAUUAUUUUACUUGCUUCAAUUUUAAUGUAAUUGGGAAUUGGUUUAGACAUAAAAUGUUUGUAAAGGGAACACGAAAUGAUAUGGGAUAGGUAAAACCUUUUUAGAAUAAGUUGUUUGUUUUAAGUAUAUGUCAGUAAGUUAUACUAUGUAUGUCUAUAUAUAAAGAAAUAGCAGGUCUCCACAUUUAGUAUAUAGAUCUGAACUAAUUAAAUCAGCGAUUGAGAGCACGAGAAUGUCUUAUGCGCUGCUUAUAUCGAGUGUAAUUUACUACUAAUACUAUUUUCACUAACACUAUACAGGGUGGUAAACUUUCGUACUACCUAACAAAACUGUAUUUGUACUUUUUUGGGGGUUAUUUUGCGAUUUUUUCCAACCUAACGUUAAUCUCUGUAUUGUAAAUACCUAUAGUAUUUGGACCUUAUAAAAUUAUUAUUUGGUAUUGUGUAUUAAUUUCAGCCCCUUGAUACUUUUGAAAAGUACCUACACAAGCAAGUACAUAUUGUUUUAUUGGUACUAUUUAUUUUGUUGUGCUUGUUUUGUAUGUAGUUUUUUACAAAAUUACUUUAGUACAAAAGUCAAAUCGAUUUCGAUUAAACUAUUAAUAAACACAUCGAACACACUGGCCCUUUAGUCAAAGUUUUUUUUGUUAGUAAGGUUUAAGUAAUUUAAUAUUAGAAUAAUUUCGCAUGUAAGUUUAAUAUGAAAAGGAGUGGAAUUAAAAAGUACUUUUACGUGAUAAUAUCAUAAAGAAGUAUUGAUGAAAAAUUGCAUACUUUUAUAAAUUGAAUUGAAUUGAAUUAUUAUCACUGAAUUAUUGUUAUUUUGUAUAAUACAAAAAAGGAGUUAAUUGAAAAUUAAUGCUUGGCCCGGUUGAGUGUCCAUAUUAAGCUUGUUCCGCGCUCUCGCUUGCACGCUCCGGCUCAGACGGAACGUGACACUUUUUCGUGCGUGCAGCCGGUUUUCAUAGGGACGUUAUUACGUCAAAAAAUACUAUGAAAAUAGCUUUCAUUGUAAAUCUUCAGGGAAUAAUGUCCAACACAUUAAACAAUAGAUUAUACUUUUUUAAUUUAAAUUAGUUAAGUGUACAUAGUGCGUAGGAUAAGGAUAAGUUGUUAAAUAAAUAAAAAAUAAAACGUC